GCGCAGCAUGCAAAAGGCGAAGGUGACUGAUGAGCCCGUGGAAGGUGAUCGAGCUGGACGGCAGAGGAAAGGAGGAGCUGGCAGCAGCGUUGACGACGGAGAAGAGCACCAGCGGACCUCAUGGACAGCGCACGUGCAAACUCGCGAUGGCUCCAACGGAAGACGCUGUGGAAGAGGAUAGAGCGGGAUGGGCAGAGGAGAGGAUGAGGGAGGAGAAGAGAGGAGGCGAACGCACUACACCAUGGAAGACGAUCGAGCGGAAUUCGUUUGCCGUCCACGGCGCGGCACAGAGCGGGAUGGUGACGGAGCGGGAAAGCUUUGACAAUUGCGGGAUGAAGAUGUCUGCGGUGGAGGAGAGCGGCAAGGUCGACGAGGAGGAGGUGGAGAAGAGGGGCAAGGUCGACGACGAAGAGGAGGACAUAGAGAAGACUGGAGGAGAGGAGGUGGGCUUUUUAAACGUGGCACCAUGUGGCACCCGUGAAGACGAGUAAGCGGAGGAGAAGUGGGGGCGCCUUGACGAGGAGGAUGAGUGGGAGGACUUGGACAAGGAGGACGAUAAAGAGAUGGAGAUGGC